AGCUCACGCGUCACAUAAAGGGGCGUGUAAAUAUGGCGGCGAUCAUGAUGAGGGUUGGUGCUGGUCCUUUCGCUUCGGUGCGUGUUUACCAGCCCAUUCUGCGUUCCGUUGCUGUCGCUGCUCUCCGAGCCGUCAGUCUGUCUGCGACUCAGUCACUUCCAGAGAGAGUGAAGAUUGUGGAGGUUGGACCCCGAGAUGGGCUGCAGAAUGAGAAGACAGUCGUUGCCACUGAGGUUAAGAUCCGCCUGAUCGACAUGCUGUCUGAGGCGGGACUUCCUGUAAUUGAGGCCACAAGCUUUGUUUCACCUAAGUGGGUCCCUCAGAUGGCUGAUCAAGGGGAAGUGAUGCGUGGGCUUCACAAGAAACCUGGUGUAAAUUACCCUGUUUUGACCCCUAAUCUGAAGGGCUUCCAUGCUGCUCUGAAGGCUGGUGCAAAAGAGGUGGCAAUAUUUGGUGCUGCCUCAGAGCUCUUCAGUAAGAAGAACAUCAACUGUUCAGUGGAGGAAAGUCUUGUGCGUUUUGAGGAGGUGAUAAAAGCAGCCAAACAGGAGGGAAUUCCUGUAAGAGGCUAUGUGUCAUGUGUACUCGGCUGUCCGUAUGAAGGGAAGGUAUCGCCAAACAAAGUAGCAGAGGUUGCUAAGCGACUAUACUCUAUGGGAUGUUAUGAGAUUUCACUUGGUGAUACCAUCGGAGUGGGCACACCAGGGGGCAUGGUGGAUAUGUUGAAUGCUGUAAAGAAAGAAGUUCCUGUGGAGGCUUUGGCUGUUCACUGUCAUGACACGUACGGACAAGCGCUGGCUAACAUACUCGUAGCAUUACAGAAUGGGAUAAGUGUUGUGGACUCCUCUGUCGCGGGGCUGGGUGGCUGCCCAUAUGCCCAGGGAGCUUCUGGGAAUGUUGCAACAGAGGAUGUAGUCUAUAUGCUGAAUGGACUAGGAAUCCAUACUGGAGUGGACCUACCCAAACUACUGGACGCUGGCUCAUACAUCUGUAGAUCACUCAACAGAAGGACAAAUUCAAAAGUAGCUCAGGCCUCCUGCAAGCUGUGAAAUUAGUGAUUCUGGUCAUUAUUGUAUCUGAUGUGAUUAAUGCAACCAUGUUGCCCUUUGAUAAGAAGUAAAAUGUCUUAAAUAAGUACAGUCCUGUACUGUACUUUUCUGGUGGGUCACAUAAGCAAAAAUUAGACAGUCCCAAACUAUUCAUUAGUGCCUUGAUUUUUGGUAACAGGCUUCUAUCUAGUGUGUAUUUAUAUUUUAAAUAAAUGAAUUCAAUGUUUUAGAUGGUUCUGGAAUAGGAUGACUCAACACUAAGGGAAUAAUUGCCAGAUAGAUACCGUUUGAUUUCAUAAAAUGUUAUGAAUGAUACAUGAACACGUCUCUUUGCUCUUAGGCUGUUGCAUUAUUGCAUAUGCAGAGCUUGACCUUUAGACAAUGAAACCUAACACAGUCAUAGUUAUUAAGCUUCGAGUCAUUUGACAUGAUUAAGAAACGGAAAUAUCUGUCAUUACCAAUCACAUACGGUACAACACGUUAACAACAGGUCAUAACAUUCCCAUUAAGAUUAAAGGAACUGCAAAAAUGCUUUGUUUUUAUCUCUUUGGCAGCAUCUAUUUUACUGUAGGAAGUAAACUGAAAAGAGAAUUUGAGUGUUAAUGGAGGAUUAUGCCCCGGAAAAACAUUCUCUGUAAAUAAAUCUCUUAACAAAACAGUACCGGUUUCAUUAGUGUGUGUGAGAGAGAGAGUAUGCAUAGACAUCCUUUAAUAUAUUCUUGGCAUUUGCCACAUUGGUGAAAUUAUAUUUUAUAAUUUCUUUGUUGUGUUGGUUGACAUUAUUUUGUGAAAAUAUGACUACUUUAUAAAUGUAAAUUGAAUCUACAAAUUUAUUCUACACAAUUGUAUAAAAUGGUUAAUUUGAACGUAUUAAAAUCGGUUGAAAAAUCAUGUGAAGUGCAGUGUACAUUUUUGUAUGGCAAGUAAAACUGACUUUUUUGUGUAACAGUACUAGCUAAAUAAAAAAGAUUCUUCCCGUUCUAGCACAAAGUACUUCUAUUUUAACAUGGCUGAUAAACUGGUUGAACCGGUCAGUAUGUUCACGCAAUUUGUGACGUAGUACACCCACUUAAAAAAUUUACAAAUUCUGUGGCGAAAAGCAAAUGUUUUUCAGAAUGAAGUGAAAAGUCAAUAAAUUUAAUAAUAAAUUAUAUUACAUUAUUGAGCAUGAUCUGUAAUCAAACAAAUAAAUAUAUAAACUAUAAUUAGGAAUUUUCAUACUAAAUCUACUUUAUAUUUUCAGUAUUAUAUCUGAUUUUGUUUUAAUCCAAAUAAAUGAGUAAGCUUAAAUAUUCCCUCCGUUAAGUGUUUUGAAUUGGUGCCGGAUUUCCCUCAAUCAGCUAGAUCACUUGACCUGUUUAAAAACUGACCUGGUAUUUGUCAUGAAGACAAGUACCCAUUACGGCCUAUUAACAUGUGCUCCAGUUAUUAAAUUAAAUUACAUGGUAAAUUGGUUUUAGUUCAAAUUGUACAUUUCACGAGUACAUUUUCUCUGAAGCAAAUGAAGUGCACUUUCAUAUUUUAGAAUACAUAUCCAAUGAUUGUUUUCUUGAUGGUGUUACUGUAGUUAUUUAUGUGGUGAAGUUAUGAGUUCAUCUUUUUACUUUAGGAGGUUUGUCCAUGUCACCAUUACUAAGGUUUAUGUGUUGAGCGUUAAGGACUAUGUGUGAUGUGGACUAAGUAAGGUUGUAUCCUUUGUUUUAUUUGGUGUUAUUUGAAAGUGAGCCUCCUUUUUAGAGGAAAAAGUAUGUUGUGCUGUGUAACCAUGAUGUAUUCAAUUUACAUAUUAAUAAUAACAAGGAAACUCAAACAAAUCAAAACAGAAGGAAGGAAAUAAAUAAAUCAUUAAGCAUGAUUUAAAUAUAGAUCAGAAAAAAUGUAUAUAGAUCGGCAUGAUAUAGAAUCCCUAUUUAGAGAUAAGUAGUGUAAUUUGUGUGACUAAGAGUGACUUUUGAAUAGUUUUCAAUAAUCUUCUUCACGUUCCACACGUGAUUUAUUCACCUCACUGUAAUCUAUUUGUUUCCUGGUUUGAAACAUUUGUUGUUGAAGAUAA